ACCUACACCUCCUCCUCCACCACCCCUCCUCGCUUUUAUAUCGCUUCUGCGUGUGUGCUGGCCAGAGUAAUAGUGGCACUGCUGGGAGGCUGCAGAGACACUUUCAUCCGACUCCACGGAGGUUUCCCGGACAGACGCGUGACGGUGCGGAGUCAUAAAGAAAACCAAGAAACAACAAUCCGUGCCUCUGGAAUUAAGAUGAGCACUUCUGCUAAACGGCUGUCCUCCACUUAGCGCCGCAUUUCUCUGCUCAAUAUCUGUUUCAUGACUCCUACACACGAAGAAGGAUGACUACUACUACCUUACCGCUGGUGAUUCUGUGCGCGUUGGCGAUGUCAGUGCUGGCAUCCAAGACUGAGCGGGCCUUGAAUGUUGACUGUGACUCUGGCAAGUUCACCGACAGUGGGGAAUGCUGCAUAGACUGUCCACCUGGAGAGGGAAUGGUGAAGGAAUGUGGCGCCACUCAGACUCUCUGUGCUCAGUGUUUGGACAGUGAGACUUACUCAGAGAACUACAGCCUCACAGAGAGGUGCAUGCCAUGCACUCAGUGUACCGGCCUGAUGCGGAUGGAUACGCCCUGCACCGACUCCAAUGAUGCCAAAUGUGUCUGCAACUACAACUUCUACUUCAACAGUGUCACUGAACAAUGUGAGCCGUGCACUGUGUGCCCGUUGGGACAGGGCGUUUACUCUCACUGUGAGCCUUACCACGACACAGUGUGUGAGGAGUGUGUGGAUGAAACCUUUUCUGACCGGGAAAGCUACCUGGAACCCUGUUUACCCUGCACCAUAUGUGAGGAAGACAUUGAGAUUAAGCUGGCUGAGUGCACGCCCACCAGUGACUCCAUCUGCCACAAUCCAAACCUUCCUACAUACCUUUCUACCACAAAUGAUCUGUUAACAUCGUCCUUCCCUGAUUACCCCUUCCCGGGUGCCUCCAACAGCCCUUUGCCAAGUGGAGAGACAACCAAUUCUAGCGGCGGUGCUCCUCACUUUCUUGGCCGCGGCCUCAACGAAAAGCUCAUUCCUAUUUACUGCUCUAUCCUGGCUGCUAUGUUGGUUGGCCUGGUGGCGUUCAUUGUGUUUAAGAGCUGGAAUAGUUGCAAGCAAAACAAGCAAGCAGCUAAUAACCGCGCCGCUACAAACAACCAGAUGGUAACACCGGAGGGAGAGAAGCUGCACAGCGACAGCGGCAUCUCAGUAGACACUCAGAGUCUGCAGGAGCAACAGCAGCAGCACGCACAGGCUGAAGCCCAGCCUCUGCCAUCACGCUCACAUACACAAGAGCAAAUUGUGGUGAGGGUGGAUGGAAGCCCCAAGCCUGACUCGCCUCCACCCAAAGUCUGAAGAAGAUGAAGAAGAGAUGGCAGGGUCCAGAAACAGAAGGAAGGGGGUGCCACGCAGAGAAUGUAAAAACAGACGUUGAUUCAUAAUUCAAGUGGCCACAGAAAAACUUACACAGACCUUCCAAUAUGCUUGGGGCAACUGUUUGAGACUCUUCAUCCCUGCAUGUUGAGUCAAACUGUCAUAUAUCGUGCCUGGACACAACAGCUAUGGCAAUAUCAAACACAAGAACCAGUAUAAUGACAUGCAACAUAGUUAUUAGGAGCUGCCAGUUUAACGCAUACUACCCUUUUAACUUUUCAGUUUUACUUUUAAGUCCGUGUUCAGCUGCCAUGUAACGUUUGUAUUAUUUUAUUUCUCUUUACUUUGAGUACAGUUUUUCCCCUCCUGUAUUUGUCUGUGGCAUCCCACUGACAGUCCUUCUCCAUAGGAUUAACUCUGUUUGACACACAUUGACAUCAGCAAUACAAAAAGUGGCAGGGGUGCCAUGAGUCAUUCCCAGUUUCUCCUGAAAUCUCUUCCUACUGUAUCAUUCAAUGACCAAUUUUUAAAUGAAAUGUUUGUUUCAUUGUUUGAGAAUGGCUAUGAGGACUCGUCCAGGCGAGUCAUGUUUUGAUGAGACUUCACUUAUUUAGCCUGCACAAUAAUUAACUCGUUUUCUUGAAUAAUUAGACAUCUCUUCAUGUGUAGACAAGCUCCCUCUCUAGCAGUGCCUCCAGGGAUUGUAUUUCAGCAACUUCAUGUUCAUAACGUUGGUAUCAUGUUUGUGGUACUUUCAUUUCGUGGCUUCAGUUACAUAUCUUAAUCAGCAGGCUGCCUUCACUUUUGCUCUAUGAAGCCUGGAUGUGCAACAUGAGAGGAACAUCUCUGGACUGUGGAGCUGACUCACCAAGAUGAGUCGUCUGAAGAGAAACGGGGGGGAAGCCUUUAGCGAAGCCAAAAAAACAAAAAAGAAUCAUGACUGCUAAUUAAACUGCUUAAAUGAGCUUGGGACUGGAAAAUAAAUUCUGCAAGAGAAAUCCCAUCCACAAAAGCCAAAAAUUGGGGCACCCCUCAGAGGAAGCCGGGACUUCCACCCUCAUAUGUUUACUCCUUCAGGAAGGCAUACAGCCUCUGCUUUGUUGCAAAGCAACAACACAUGGCUUACCUAGGAGGCAGGUAGUAAUUACCUCAGGGUUUUAGCUUCAUUUACUCUCUACGCGCUAUGCGAUUCUUGCUGAAGCCUCAGUGUGACAUCCUAUUUUCCUCUUCUAAGUCAGAACCCACUGACAUCUACUACAUUUCCCAAUUGAAAAUAAGCACUUAGUCCAGGCUUACUUUUAGGGCUUGGUGGUAUCUUUUAUUAUGGACAGCCUCUUAAAUAUGGCCCCCUUUCUGCUGCUUGCAGUAACUAUAGAAGUGAGCUUAGAUAACAUGUAAAUGACACAUACUGUAGCCAAGCUUGACUGCAUUUAUCGCUUACAGCGGAACAUAGAUUCUCAGGAUUUAACUUGUUAUACUAUGACUGAGAUUAAAUGGACAUUUGGAAAAUUGAAAUAAACAACAGAGAAAUAAAUGCUUUGAUUUGGUUGUUUAAAUCCUGUUAUUUUCAGAGCAAUUUGUGACAUACAUUUGGGUACUAAACCAGAUUUUUCUUCUUGCCUACUAAGCAAGUUUUGUACUGCCCUAACAUAUCAGGACAAAUAUUUUUAGCACAAACUGCCAUCUUUUAAUUGGGUUUGUGUGGAAAUUAUAAGCAGUUAAUACCCUACCUGCAGUAAAACAGCUUUGUUGAGACCCUUGGUUUGAAGGAAAUGAGAUUAUUUUCAAUGAGCAAUCAAACUAACAGCUAGUGAUACCAAACAAAUUGGAUAUCUGCCACCUUAAAACUUUUCAAGGCCUAAAAACUUCAGAGCAGUUAAUGUAAAGGCUAUUUUAAAGGCUUUUACAUCUCUGUCACAUUUGAUUGUUAUAUAAACCAACAUUCAUGACCAUUUACAAUAAAGAUCUUGUUGGUCCCCAAUCCAUUAGCCGAAAUACUAAUGGACUGCGAAAUGGAUUGUGGUAAUUAAACUAAAUCACAGUAACUUGCUGGUGGAAACUUAGAAGGAAAAAGGUAGUUGUUUAAACAAAGAAAAUUUAUUUAUUUACUGUUUUGGAAAAUGCUUCACUCUGACUGGCCUUUUGCCUGAAUCACAACAACAGUUAAUCCAGGUUUCUUAAAUGUUAUCAUUUAAAGGCUAAUAACUAAUAACCUCACCACAAAUGACAAACCGUCCCUUUAAACAGUUAGCCGACAGUUCUGUGAAAAAGCAUUUGCCCCUUUUAGCAUUUCUUCUUUUUUUUUGUAAUGGUUCAGUUUCACUAUACAGCCCCAGCUUGAUCAUUCCCAGCCCUCUAGACUCAAACAAACCCUUAAAUAGAAUCUGCCAGACAAAAUUAAUCAAAUGUAUUUUUUUUUGCAUUUGAAUCUGUUAGGGGACAAAUACCUUUCCACUGCACUAGCAUGUAAAGCUCACAAAAAAACAUUAAGAAAAUAUACAUGUACAAAAAGGUAAAGUCAUUCUGUACUAACAGUAUUCACACUUAAACUGAACAAGUUACAGUAAUGUUUGCCUUGUUUACUAUGCUAGUUGGGAGAGCAGGUUUUAGCUGACCUAUAUGUAUCAUAAGAAUGUGCGCUUGUCUAUAGAUCUGAUACUUUUAGGUACGAAAGAUGUAAAAACAUUUGUUUUAUAGCAUUAGAGUUGCAGAGUCCUGAAUGAGUAGACUGAUCACCUCAUUAUAUCUUAUAUACUAGUUGUUCGGAUUGACAUAGAUUUAUCUAGAAAUAACCAGACGGCUAUUUUUUGAAAAAGUAAUAAAUCAAUGUGUGGUAGUAGCAUCUGCACAACUCUGAUUUACAAUACUUCCAAAUGUGACACAUUCAUUUUCACCAACAUUAUCCAAGAGGUAUCAGUCUUGUAAUUUUAAUCUCAGCAAAAGUGUGAUUACAUACAAAAAUCUUCAAGAGACAAAAGAUGUUUUUGCUUGUUAGCGGCGCUUCUAUAGUUUAGUGAUAGAUAAGAAAUGUCUUGCACAGGGAAGAAAACAGUGAAAAUGAGUCAUUACAUCUUGUGUGGUGCUGCAUGGAUCAAUAACAUGUUCACAAACACACCAAGACAAUUAAACUUCCUGGUCUCCUCACUUUGGAUUCAUGAAUCAUUGCAGCGUAAUAAAUGGAAGCAAACUGUAGCCUGCUGUAGUUUGCAGCUCUGUAGCAGAUGUUGGUUUGAACACGUGACCACACACACAAAGAGGGAAGUGUAUGAUUCAAUCCUUUAUUGAGAGCCGGAGUGAUUCAUCCUGAUCCUGAUUCUGGCUGUGGCACUGACAUUAAAGCAGACUUUGCUACAGUUUGUAUGACUGACCAGAAAGUUGAUUUAAAGGAGAAAAAAGAAAUACCUCAACUCCAUCUCUCCCCCGAGGUCCAAUCAGCCCUCCAGCAGUGCACUCAUCCUCCCUGAAGCUGACGUAUUCUCUUUCCCCAACAGCUUGUGAAGUGAGACACUUUGUGAGAAUGUACAGCGUGGGUAUAAACAGAAAAAACAUGCAAGACAUGUUCAAAGGAAUAGCUUUUAUGUUUGCCCUGAUUCUGUUGGUAAAAAUUGUUUUUGUCCUUCCUUUUUUAGUUUGUUUUUACUACCAAGGGAACCACAAUUUUGGAAUGAGUAUUUUUUCUAGGUGACGUUAUUUUGUAGCACUUAUUAGAUAUAAUAUGAUUGCACUCAAAGAGUGUCCCACAGUUCAAGUGCCUGUGUACAGUGUCCAGUGUUUUUUGAGUUCAGAUGUUUUAACUAUAUUCCUUGUUUUGUUGCAUUCAUUCUGCUUAUGUUUUUUGUGCAUUCUUUUAUAUGUUGGAACUAAUGAAGGAUUUUCAAUUGAAGUCACAAGUAUGGAGCCUUGGAGACUCAAGAAAACUGUAAAAACCUGGCACCAUUAUAAAGACUUACAUUACAAACAGGUUGCCACUGAACACAUACUGUAUGUUAAUAUGAUAUAAUAGGGUCAUGUAGCAUUUUGGAA